AUGCCCUUCUACCAGAUGCAUCCCACCCGCGCACUUGAGAUGCUCAUGCCGGUAGUGGCGAUACAGCUUCUUCUCAACGAAGCCACGGCGAGCACUGUCAGCCUAACAAACCAGGCUCCCGGCCUUCUUCUAAAGCGUCUUCAGGAAAUCUUGACCAACAUCGUUUUGCUCUGCCGAACUCAGGAGUGGUAUGCCACACAUCAUCUCAUGUGCAACUACUGCCGCGAAUUCUCCUCUACGCAGGUGCUGCUCAUUGAAGAAGCAAGAGCAGCGCUGGUUGAAAGAUUUGACGAGGACUAUGAGAUACAGCAGCAAGGAUUUAUGAUCAUUAGGCAGAUCGGAAUAGGACAUGUUCUCCUUUACCGCGAGCUUAACUAUGUCUUCAACACCACCCUGUAUCUCGCUUUCACGGCCCGGGAAACAGUUCAUGAUUUCAAUCAUGAUCUCCGCUCGAUCAUGUGGUACUUCUUCCAGCAGCUGUCCACCGAACAUGGCACCAUCUGGCAGGAGACAACAUCAGAGCUCUUUGCCCAAUUCCAUUCGGAUGAUCUACGCUUGGAGGGAGCUAGGAACCUCUGGAAUCAAGAGCUGGCCGAUGCGCGGGAGGAACAUUGGCAGAGACGACCAUGCGCGGGAGGUAGGAUAGUUGAUCUCCUUCCCAGCAGAUUUUUAAUUUCUGUGAGAUGUUGA